AUGAGUGCUGCCAAACUGCCACUGGCCUACCGAGACUCAUGCGCACACCUUUUGAUUCCUCUCAACCGAUGCCGGUUCAACGAAUAUUAUCUUCCGUGGAAAUGCGAGGUGCGACGAAGUGCGCCAUGUGAAUCACUAGGCACUAACGAAAUUACAGACCGAACGACAUACAUAUGA